CCAUUACAGUAUAAAUAAGCAAGUAAAAUCCAACAUAACCAACACAAAACCCACAACCCCCAACUAAGAAUCAAAAUGGCGAGAACAAGUGUGCUGUGCCAGCUAUUGCUCGUGUCGUGCUGCAUAAGUCUAGUGGUCGUCAACGCCAUGCCGAUGCCAUCAAGUUACGACAGCAGCGAAAGCUCCAAAGAACGAAACCUAGAAAGUUCCAUGGAAGCUGGAGGAUGUCCAACUGGAGGAUGUCAACCCGUAGGAUGUCCAACUGGAGGAUGCCAACCCACAGGAUGUCCAACUGGAGGAUGCCAACCCACAGGAUGUCCGACCGGAGGAUGCUCAGGAAAUGAGGAACGAAACCUAGAGAUCGAGACUUCCCAGGAAGCCGUACAAGUGGAAGAGAGAGUCAGUGUAUCUGUAGAAGAAAUUGAAAUUGAAUUUGAAUCUGAAGAUCCAGCAACCGGCUGUAUCGAUGCAUCCUGUAGAAAUAAAGGCGCCGCCAGAAGACCAGUACCUUGCACAGGUCCAACCUGUACACCCGUCGCUCCACGAGUCCCAGCACCUUGCACAGGUCCAACCUGUACACCCGUCGCUCCACGAGUCCCAGCACCUUGCACAGGUCCAACCUGUACACCCGUCGCUCCACGAGUCCCAGCACCUUGCACAGGUCCAACCUGUACACCCGUCGCUCCACGAGUCCCAGCACCUUGCACAGGUCCAACCUGUACACCCGUCGCUCCAAGAGUCCCAGCACCUUGCACAGGUCCAUCUUGCACACCCGUCGCCCCACCAUCACCGGCACCUUGCACAAGUCCAUCCUGCACCGAAGCACCUGUUGUCGCAAAACCCCCAAGGAGAAGAACUACGGCCCCACCAGUCGCUCCGGCUGAGCCAGCUGCACCUUGUCCAACUUGCAAAACCACCACCACUACCACCACAACAACUUGCACAACAAACUGCGCCCCAACCACUUGUACAACCCCAGGCUGUGCAACUGCCUGA